UAAAGCCCGUGCCUAUCCGAUAGAAAGAAGCUACUAGAAGAUGCCAAACGAUUCGUCGAGGUCCUAUACUCGUCUCCUCGUUUUCUUUUCUCGGAGAAAAGCAUUAUAAACCCCAUCCGGCACAUAAGCCCUUUUUCUGCCAUUUCUCAAUCAGAAAAAUCACUUUGAUCAAAUUCAAAUGGACGCAACUAAACUGAAUGAACUCAAGCUUUUCGUCGAACAGUGCAAAUCCAAUCCCUCCAUUCUCAGCGAUCCUUCCCUCUUAUUCUUUCGGGACUUCCUCGAGAGUCUUGGCGCUAAGCUUCCUCCCUCUGCUUACAAGCAGGGUGACUCCAAGAGCUAUGUGGUAGAGGAGAGCGAUGACGAAAUAGAGGAUAAGGAAGAGGCACGAGUAGAGUCUGAAGAGGAAGAGGAAGAAGAUGAGAUAAUCGAAUCAGAUAUUGAGCUCGAGGGCGAGACUGUUGAACCUGAUAAUGAUCCUCCUCAGAAGAUGGGAGACCCGUCUGUUGAGGUCACAGAUGAGAAACGCGAGGCUUCGCAAGAGGCAAAGGCCAAAGCCAUGGAGGCCAUCUCCGAAGGUAAAUUGGAGGAAGCAAUUGAGCACUUAUCAGAAGCAAUUUCUCUCAAUCCUACUUCGGCAAUUAUGUAUGGGACCAGAGCUAUCGUUUACGUCAAAAUGAAGAAACCCAAUGCUGCCAUCCGAGAUGCCAAUGCAGCUCUUGAGAUUAACCCAGAUUCAGCUAAGGGUUACAAGUCUCGUGGCAUAGCCCGAGCAAUGCUUGGUCAGUGGGAAGAAGCUGCUAAGGAUCUCCAUCUGGCAUCAAAGUUGGAUUAUGAUGAAGAAAUAAGUGCUGUACUCAAAAAGGUUGAACCCAAUGCACACAGGAUUGAGGAACAUCGUAGGAAGUAUGAAAGGCUGCGCAAAGAAAGAGAGGAUAGAAAGAUUGAAUGUGAGAGACAACGUCGACGUGCCAAAGCUCAGGCCGAAUAUGAGAAGGCAAAGAAGCAAGAGCAAUCAUCUUCCAGCAGAAGACCUGGAGGUAUGCCUGGUGGAAUGCCAGGAGGAAUGCCUGGUGGCUUUCCUGGUGGAAUGCCAGGAGGGAUGUCUGGAGGAAUGCCUGGUGGAAUGCCUGGUGGAAUGCCUGGAGGUUUCCCAGGUGCCAUGCCUGGAGGGAUGCCAGGAAAUGUGGAUUUUAGUAAAAUCUUGAAUGACCCCGAACUGAUGGCUGCAUUUAGUGAUCCUGAAAUCAUGGCUGCUCUUCAGGAUGUAAUGAAGAACCCGGCUAAUCUCGCUAAGCAUCAAGCCAAUCCCAAGGUGGCUCCUGUAAUUGCUAAGAUGAUGAACAAAUUUGCAGGACCAAAGUGAAAGGGUCUCUAAAGUUGAUCUCAGUGGCAGGAACUCUUUGUUUCCUUUUGUCACAUCAAUGAUACAUGUGUAAUUCUCUCUGUGGGCAUAGUAUAUGUUUGGGUAUCACAUUAAUUUUGUGUGCGGACUUCUCAUUUGUAGAUUGAACUGAUUGAUUUCAGAGUUGUUAAAUUUCCAGUAAUUUAUUUUGGAACAUGAUUUGACAUGCAUCA